UUUGGCGGGCGCAUUUAGAUGCACGCGGCACAAGCUAAAUAAAUACUGACAUCGCCAGAGUGACCUGUCUGCAGUAGUGGUCUGUAGUAGUGGUCUGUAGUAGUGGUCUGUAGUAGUGGACGUAGAUGAACAACAUGGCUUUUAAGGGCCUUAGUUUCCUGGGAGCGGCCUUGAAGCAGAAUUCCAAACAACUGACUGGCCUACUAUCCAGCGUAAGAUCCACUUUCAGGACUGGUCGUAUUAGCUAUGCGACAGCGGCUCAGGCAGAUGUUACACACCACGCCAAGCACAUCCGAAAUGUCGCUGUCAUCGCGCACGUCGAUCACGGAAAAACCACACUGGUGGAUCAGCUGCUCGGUCAAUGUGGCACAGAUGUCAGUGAAGACCGAGUGAUGGACUCUAUUAAUUUAGAACGAGAGCGUGGAAUCACUAUCAUGAGCAAGAACACGAGUGUUAUUUGGAACGACAACUUGUUUAAUAUUGUGGACACGCCAGGACAUCAAGACUUUGGUGGUGAGGUGGAGCGAGUGCUGAGUAUGGUGGACGGUGUGUUACUGGUUGUAGAUGCAACUGAGGGUCCGAUGGCACAGACAAAGUUUGUGUUGUCGAAAGCGCUUCAAAACAACCUCCGGCCAUUGGUUGUCAUCAACAAGGUUGAUCGUGAUUCUGCUCGCAUGAAUGGCGAAGUCGAGGAUGAGUUGUUCGAACUCUUCCUCAAUUUGAACGCCUCGGACGAGCAAAUGGAGUUCCCUAUUCUAUAUGCUUCCGGAAAGGAAGGUUGGUGUGUGAACAGCCCUGAUGACAUUGCUAAUGGUAAAGAGAAAGGCAUGCUGCCACUCUACGAGUCUAUUGCCGGUCAAGUACCGCCGCCCUCUGUUGACGAAGAUGGUCCAUUCUCGAUGCUGGUUACAACGCUAGAGCAUGACAACUAUGUGGGCCGAGUCAUGACUGGCAAAGUAUAUUCGGGAACCGCUAAGAUUGGCGAUAGAGUCAAGGUGCUCUGUAGGGGCGGCGAAACACCAACUGUGGCUACCCAUGGAUCGGGGAAGACGGGCAGAGACCUCGUUGUCGAUGGAAAGGUCACGAAGGUCUUCCGUCGACGUGGCCUGGCCCGAAUCGAGAUCGACGAAGCCAUCGCCGGCGACAUUAUAAGUAUUGCCGGUGUUACAGCCAAUGUCACAGAUACUAUAGGUGCACACGCCAUCACCACACCCAUCCCGUCUAUUGCUAUCGACCCGCCUACUAUCGCCAUGACGUUUGGCGUUAAUGAUUCGCCACUUGGCGGAAAGGAGGGCAAAGAAUUGACUUCCUCAAAAAUCAAAGAACGCUUGACUAAAGAGUGUGAGAACAACGUAACCCUCACUCUGAAAUCAGCAACGGAGGCGGACAAAUUCGAGGUUCAUGGUCGUGGUGAGCUUCAGCUGGGUAUUCUAAUCGAGCAGAUGCGACGUGAGGGCUUUGAACUGGGCGUUUCACCGCCAAGAAUUCUUACACGUAAGAAUUUAGACACUAAUGAUGUAGAAGAACCCUGGGAGGAAGUCACCAUUGAUGUGCCUCCCCAAUAUUCUGGAAGUAUCAUUAACAACAUGCAGGAGCGAAUGGGAGAAAUGACAUCUAUGAAGCAGGAUGAUCAUAGCGCGAGGAUUGUCUUCGAGAUCCCCUCCAAGGGUCUUAUGGGCUACAGAGGCCAGCUCAAAUCACAAACUAGUGGCUCAGCAGUUGUGAACUCCAUUUUCAAGGAAUACAGGACGGAGAAGGCGAUUCCGUCUAGUGAGGGUGAGAAGGGUAAAUUAAUUUGCACUGUUGAUGGGCAAGCCACAUCGUAUGCACUAAGAGAUAUCGAACCACGAGGGGAAUUGUUCAUCAAGCCUGGAGAUGAGGUCUACAAGGGUAUGCUCAUAGGAGAGUGCUCGAAGGCACUCGAUUUGGAGGUCAACCCCACAAAAGGUAAGAAGCUGACAAACAUGCGUGCGUCUGGAAACGAUGAAGCCAUCCGCUUGACACCUCCACGCGUCAUGUCCCUAGAGGAUGUUAUUGCCUACUUGGCAGGAGAUACGAAGCACAGUAUAGAGGUCACCCCAACCAAGGUUCGUCUCAGACGGAGGGAUCUAUCUGGCGCUACUGUCCGAAGAGGAAAAUAAACAGUUUUUCAGGCCGCGAAGCAGUUAGACAGCAAUAAAAAUUAUAGAUUUUUUAAUAAAGAGUCGCGAAAAUCACCCCUUCUUCACAACCUAUUCAUGUAUCUUAAUGAUUAGGGC